AUUUUGGAUGCGUCGAUCUGCAGAAAUGACAUCAGCUCAGUGCUUUCUGAUGCUCUGCCCCACCAACACUUCCUCCCCUUCAAUGACCAUCAUGCAGCUUUCUUCCACUCUCCAUGACCAUGCUGAGAGUGCGACACAUGCACACUCUCAGAAUUGCGGCCUCCGCAAGAGCUAGCUUACGGACAGACGGCAUUCUGCGCUCUCCGGUUCUGAUCGUACCAUCCCGUUUAUAUUCAGUAUCUCCUGACCCGGGAGUCAAGAACACUUCUCCAAGCAGCUCGAAGCCUUCCAUCCCAAGAAAUAGCUCUGGAAGGCUUGAUGAAGGAUAUCUCUCAUUUACUAAAUCUUCACUUUAUAAACUUACGUUACCUCUCGCACCCUACUCCGAGGCAUCAACGUCCCCUGCAUCUAAGAUAAACUCGGAUGCCAUGCAAAGAUUCAACUGCAAUGGGCCCCACAAUAGCGCGGAUGCCGCCAAUACUUGGGAACAACAAGUGGAAAGGGGUGAAGAGCCGUUCGUCCGACAAGAUAGUAACGACGGUACUCAAAGCGAGGGACCGCAACGUGUGAUAUUUCUAUUACACUCAGGUCAACCAUUGAGCUACGUUUCAAACCUUAUCCGUGCGGAAGGGCCCGAAGCCAAAUCUGGAACACAGUCGUCUAAACACGAUAAACCGGACGAAUCCGAAGGACAGAGCAAGGUCAUGCCAAACCAACUUGGAGAUCCGUCGAUCACCUUUCAUACAUCCCUAAAAUCAAGGCGCAGGUGGAGCCCUGCAACAGGCGUUGGCGACUUCCUGCGAGAGGCCGCACGAGUGGGCAGCUUCACAAUCGCCAUCGGAGAUCGUAAAGUGAAUGUUAACGUACCUACCUUUGAAGAGCGUACCCGAUUCCUACGGGCUUCCCUGCGCGAGAAGACAAAGCGUAUCGAGCGAUUGGCCCACGUGAAGGACGAAUGCGAUCGAAUUGCACGACGCGCUACACAGAGAUAUGCAUUCGCUGGUGCAGGCAUCAUGACCUCGUGGUGGUUAACAGUUGGUUUGCUCACAUUCAAAACGAGUCUCGGCUGGGAUGUGAUGGAACCAGUAACAUAUCUAACUGGCUUUGGAAUGGUUAUCGGCAGCUAUCUCUGGUUCCUUUGGCACAACCGUGAAGUAUCCUACAGGACGGUGAUGACAGAAACGACUUCUCGGCGACAGCAUAUGCUAUAUUCCGAACAAGGAUUCAACGUCGAUGCUUAUCAUGAGCUAAUCAGCGAGGCGAAAGCUCUUCGUCGUGCAAUCAAGCGCGUCGCGUGGGAUUACGAACUUGACUGGGACCAGGGAGACACAGAAGCAGGUCGCAACGCACCGCGGGCUUUGGAGAUUGUGCGACGGGAAGAAGAACGGGACCGCGGAAGAAUGCAUCGUGAGGAAGAAUCGGAGAAGGCAGAAGACGAUGCGUUCGCUCAAGUUGACGAUGAUGCUGAUGGACGACCUGACCGUAAACCUUUGAAUACAUGA